AAGCGGGGAGGCAGCGCCUAUCUUUCUUUGAUAUUGUGGGCCUGGGCGGGCCGGCGUAAGGACUACGACUCCCGUCGUGCCACGCGGCCGAAGGCCAGAAGGUCCCGGAUCCGGAACCGGAUGUGGCUUGGUGCUCCGGAGAGGAGCGGGGGGCAAUGGCCACGGGGACCGACCAGGUGGUGGGACUGGGCCUCGUCGCAGUUAGCCUCAUCAUCUUCACCUACUACACCGCCUGGGUGAUCCUCUUGCCAUUCAUCGACAGCCAGCAUGUCAUCCACAAGUAUUUCCUGCCCCGAGCCUAUGCUGUUGCCAUCCCGCUAGCUGCUGGCCUGCUGCUGCUCCUGUUCGUGGGGCUGUUCAUCACCUAUGUGAUGCUGAAGAACCAGAAGGUGACCAAAAAGGCUCAGUGAGGCCCAGCCAGGAUGCAGCCGCCUCCCCUCUGGUGCACGCCGCGAGCGGGGGCACAUAGGACCGGGCAGGCACUGCGGCCCCUCAAGCAUGGCUGCCCCACAGACACCCCUGGGGAUGGAGCUGUUCAGGACUCACCCCUGACUGACCAGAACCCCCACUUCUCUUCUGCUCACUCUUCCAGAGCCAGGAGGAAGGACCUGGAAAUCUCCCUCUCUCCCCAUUCUGCCUCGGGGCCUGAAAGAUGCUGGUCCUCCCUACCUCACUUUCAGACCCCCUGUCACUUUUUCCUGUGGGCUCUACCCUCUUGCCUCAAUUUCCCUCCUGUCUCAUGCUCAUGUUGGAAUGGGCACGUUUUAAGGCAUCAUGUGGCCUCUCCCCACAUGUCCCUUUUCUCCGGAAGGCAGCUUUCCGGUCUGACACAGCCAGAGACUUCCCAGGACUUGACCUGGGAAGCUUAGCGGGAGGACCAACAGGCCUUGGGACCACGGGCACACUGGGCCCCAGAUCUUCUCAUAGAGGCCCAGCCCCCGGCCCCGGCACUGGCCUCUGGGGAGAACUGAUCAAUAAAUGUUGGUGUGUU